UGUGGAAUCCCCGCCUCCAGCAUCCUUCCAAUCUCCGCCCAAGAGUAGGAGCGCGGCUCCGCCGCUAGGGGACACAAACGGAUCACUCGCCAGCCUAGGGGGCGGGACCAGCCAUGGCUUCCGGCUUCCGGCUUCCGGCCGAGAGAGGGUGGGAACCCGCGGCCGUCAUGGCAGCCGAAGAGAAGGACCCNUUGAGCUACUUCGCGGCUUACGGGAGCAGCAGCUCCGACUCGUCGGACGAGAACAGCGAGCCGGAAGACGCGGGUCGCAAGGAGGCGGCCCCGGCUCCGACGACGGGAGGCCGCGGGAAGCAGGCGGAGAAGCGGCUGCCCGGCCCGGACGAGCUGUUCCGCAGCGUGACCCGCCCGGCCUUCCUCUACAACCCGCUCAACAAGCAGAUCGACUGGGAGCGGCAUGUGGUGAAGGCGCCCGAGGAGCCUCCAAAGGAGUUCAAGAUCUGGAAGUCCAACUGCGUGCCGCCCCCAGAGACCUACACUACCGAGAAGAAGCCGCCGCCGCCAGAGCUGGACAUGGCGAUCAAAUGGUCGAAUAUCUAUGAAGACAAUGGAGACGAUGCCCCACAGAACGCCAAGAAAGCCAGGCUUCUGCCNGAAGGGGAGGAGACAGUGGAAUCAGAGACUUAAUUAAGAAAGCUCUCUUCUUUCCCUCUUCAAGAUGAUGACAAAGAUGAGCGGGCAUCUAAGAUUCGCAGAGUGGAGCCAGGAGAAGCAGCCAAGAAGAAGAAGUAGAGAGUUGUGACUCCUGAGAUGUGUCGUUGAGUGGAGUGUUUGCUUUUGUGCGUUACUAUGACAGACAUCUCCNUGAACGUAUUUAUGUUAACGAACUAAUGAGUGUCGCCUCAAGACUUUCCACUGUAGAAUUCACUUUUUUAUUUAAAACCUGUAUGUAUUUACAACUCUAAUGGUGACCUGUGAUUGUGAACUGACAGUACUUGGAAGCAUUCUGGCUAUCACAAAAUUGGUGACAGGCUUUGAGAGUUUGUCACAUGGACAUGCCAAUGUUCUAUGAACCUUUUAUAAAGGAAUAUAUUUUUAAAGUAAAUAUAUUGUAUUGUACUGUGAACUUGUGGGUGCUUCUCAUUAGUAUCUGUACAGUGUAAAUAGAUGAUCAUGGAAAUAAAAUUACUUAAUUCAACCUUGUUAUUACUGAAUGCCACUAACAUAAGUAUUUGUGACAAGCAGCCUGCUUGCCCUGUGACAUUUUGAUUCACAGUGGGGAUUAGCAUGUAGGCAGAGCCUCCCAUGUUCAGGUGCCUUGUGCAUACUUCUCUCCUACAGUCCUGUGAAGAAAGCAGACGUGAGAGUCCUCAGGUUUGUGGUGAGAGCUUGAACUGGGCAGAGGGAUACACAGCAGUGAGUGAAGAGGACUGACUCCACAGCAGUCAGAUGAAGCCACCUGACUCGUCAGACUUCAGUCGUUUGCCAAGAACAUUAUCGUCUCUGCCAUGUGCACUUGUAUUGGGGAGGUCUCCUACUCUGAUUCUGCAGCUGCACUGAUAAAUGCCUUAUAGUGUGAGUAUUCAUUUCUUCAUUAAGUAGACCGAAGAUGAGGCUCCUCUGUGAAAGAUGAGCAAAUUCAGAAAAGAACAUAAGGUAACCAGUUAAAUUUGAAUCUGUCUGAGUAUAUGUGAUAUAAGAGACACAUUAAAAACCAUCUGAAAUUCUAA